GAGCUAACGAUGUCUUCUCGACACGCUGAUGGCGACGGAGGCGGAGGUUCUUCACCUUACGAUGUAUUUGAAGAUCGUGAUUCACAAAUUCACAAGCACAAAGUUCGUGAAGACAGUGAGAGGUCAAAGACUAGGGAUAGGGAUAGGGAUAGGGAUAGGGAGAGAGAUAGGGAUAAGGAUCGGGAGCGGGAUAGAGAUAGGGGAAAGGACAGAGACAGAGACAGACGACACAGGGAUUACCCUGAAAGAAGUGGCAGGGAUAGAAAUGAUGAUGAUGGGCGUUCCAGGAACCGUGACUAUAACAGGCGUCAUGAUUAUGAUCGAGAUCGAGAGAGGCAUCACAGACACAGAUCACGUUCUCCAUCACCUGAUCGAUCCAGAGAGUCGUCUAGAUCUCGCUCUAAAAGCAAGCGGACAAGUGGUUUCGACAUGGCACCUCCUACUGCCGCAACUUUGCCUGGUGCAGUCGGCAAUGUUUUGUUGAACGAGGAAUUCAAUCAAUGAUUCAAUGCUCCUCCGAUUAGCUGGAUCUCCAGACGGCAACUAUUGUCUAUGAUUUGGUACACUUUCAAUUGUUUCUCGGCAUCUGCAGUGACGAAAUUAAUUUCUAAUAUUAGUACUGAAUCAUGUAUAAAUCUAGGACAGGUGGCGGAUGCUCCUCAACCGAUGCCUGGAAUGUUCCAGAACAUGUUUCCUUUCGGGACGGCACAGUUGGGAGGUCUUCCCUUGAUGCCCGCUCAAGCGAUGACUCAGCAGGCCACAAGGCAUGCACGUCGAGUGUACGUUGGUGGCUUGCCCCCAUUGGCUAAUGAGCAGACAAUAGCAACCUUUUUUAGCCAUAUUAUGACAGCCAUAGGAGGAAAUUCUGCUGGGCCAGCAGGUGAUGCAGUGGUUAACGUCUACAUUAAUCAUGAAAAGAAGUUUGCGUUUGUAGAGAUGAGAACAGUUGAAGAAGCAAGUAAUGCCAUGGCGUUAGACGGCAUCAUCUUUGAGGGAGUCUCUGUUAGAGUCAGAAGACCUACAGACUACAAUCCUUCACUAGCCGCAACGCUCGGUCCAAGUCAACCAAAUCCGAACCUUAAUUUAGCCGCUGCCGGGCUUACCCCAGGUGGCAUUGGUGGAGCUGAAGGACCCGACCGUAUAUUUGUUGGCGGAUUACCAUAUUACUUCACUGAAGUACAGAUAAGGGAGUUGCUAGAGUCCUUUGGACCGUUGCGCGGGUUUGACCUUGUUAAGGAUCGAGAUACUGGAAACUCUAAAGGAUACGGGUUCUGUGUCUAUGAGGAUCAAGCAGCUACAGACGUUGCUUGUGCUGCAUUGAAUGGAUUGAAAAUGGGAGAUAAGACAUUGACGGUCAGGCGUGCAACCAUCAGCAGUGGACAGAUGAAAUCGGAACAGGAGACUAUGUUAGCACAGGCACAACAACAUAUAGCUAUGCAGAAAAUGGCGCUACAGGUUGGUGGAUUUAAUCUUCCUGGAAUGCCUAGAGGACCCGAUGAGGUUCCAACUAAAAUUUUGUGCUUGACCGAGGUGAUAAGCGCGGAUGAAUUGAUGGAUGAUGGAGAAUACGAAGAAAUAUUAGAGGAUAUGAGGGAAGAAGGACGAAAAUUUGGCGAUUUGACGAAUGUUGUUAUCCCUCGGCCUGACCCGAACGGAGAACAAGUUGAUGGUCUUGGGAAGGUAUUCUUGGAGUACGGUGACCCCUCCGAUUGUGCCAAGGCAAAGGAUUCUUUGGGUGGGCGGAAGUUUGGGGGUAACGUGGUGACCGCGGUCUACUAUCCGGAGGAUAAAUAUUUCCAAGGGGAAUAUGGGGCUUAGAUUAUUUGUUUUUCAAAAUCAUAUUAUUUUGUAUUAGAUUUUAUACGUUAAAUUGAAAUAUGAAAGCACCAAGACUUGUUUUGAUAUUCUGUAA